AUGAGUUCAAUUCUAUUUACUCCAGAAUAAUAAGGGAAAAUUUAAUAGGUCUCAGAAUUCUCUAAUCAAACUAAAGAAAAGGUUAUUUAAGUUUUAAUAGGAAAUAACUGGUAAGUAGAAAAAGCUAUUGAUUUUUUAACCAAUGCAGGAGGGUACAUUUCGGAUCCAAAUCCUAAUUAAAACGUAAAGCCUAUUGUUAAUUACAGUUAAAAUCCUGGGUAGAAUAAUAUCAAUCCUUUAUAAUCUAAAAAAAGUAGCAAUCCAUAUUAAGGAGAUAAAUAAAACUCUAAACUAAAGAUAGAAAAGAGUGAUAUCUAAAAAAUAGAGGAACAGUUAAGUUUGAUUUAGGAUCAAGUAAAGGAUACCUCUGAAAUAAUCCAAGUAAAAAAUCAAAUGCUCUAAAAAUCCUUGAACAAGAAUGUAGAUCAUGCUCUUAGAAGAAUUUAUCAAUACCCAGUUGGCUUAGCUAAUGUAGGAGAGAAGGGGUAUUUUAAUUGCAUAAUUUAAAUUCUGGUUUAGAAUCCUGCUUUCUUAGAGAAAGUAUUGGCUUGGUAAACAGGAUUAAAACCCAAUAAUCAUGAAGAUAAAAAUAUCUCCUUUAUGUAAGAAUUCUAAACAAUAGUGAGAAUGCUGACUUUUACUAACUAAAGGUUCUUGAAUCCUUCGAAGUUUAUUUAAUAAACAACUGAAGUAAUUGAUAUCAUUACACAAACAAAAAUUUCUAAUAGAAAUCUAAAGCCUCAUGAAUUUUUCGAAAUAUUCAUCAUAACUUUAGAUGUAAUUUUAUGCAAUAAAGUCUAUGAGAUAAAGCAGUAAAAGAAACUAUUAGAUCUAAUAUUAUAACCUCAAUUUCAAAUCAUUUAAUAACAAUAGUAAUAACUGUAGGUUAAUGAAAUUAUUCUCAACUUUGUAAGAGAAGAUAGAUAUCUAUACAUAUCCCUUUUGAAAUUAGUUUGUUAAGAUUAAUUCAAUAGGUUUUCGAAGCUUCCUAAAACAUUCAGUUUCAGUUUGCAAUCAAAUCAGAAUACUAAUCUUUAGGCAUCAAUAAAUCAAUCAAAUGUGGAUUAUUGGUUACCUUUGACAAUAAAUUUGGAAUUUCUGACUAAUGAAAAGUUGUGCAAGUAACUGGGUAGUAGAUUAUUAAGUGUAGUGAAUGCUUAAACAAUUGAAGAAAUCAACUAAAAAUAGAUAUUAUUGAACUCUUUGAUCAUAGUUGAAUAGAGUUAUGAAUAGAAUAAAAUAAUUCCAAUAAAUGUGAUAGAUUAAUUGAGAAUAGAAAGAAAGAAAGUGUAAAGUGAACUGUAGAAAUAUUUCUUGUAGAAUGAUAGUUAAAUAUAGACUGAAUAAAAUUAAGAUUAUUAGUAUUACUUACAUGCAGUAGUUAUUUAAAUAGGUAAAGACGAUAAGUCACAUUAUUAUGCUUAUAUUUACAAUUUUAUGCUGAAUCAAUGGUAUAGAUAUAACGAUACUGAUGUAAGAGUGGAGUCAGAUGAAGUAGUGAGGAAGGAUGCAUAACAAAAUGGGUGUUUCUUUGUUUAUGUGAGUCAGGAUCAAAAGAGGAGUAUCACAGAUCAUCAAGAUAGACAGUCGAAGAUAUCAAAUAAUUUAGAUUAGGAGUAAGGCAUCAUAAAUUGGAAUGAUUUGGAGUUGAACAAAUUAAUUAAGCCUCAGAUUCCAAAAGAGAUUAAAAAACUAAUCUACAGUUAAAAUGAAGGCUUUCGAAUCUUAGAUCAAUGA